AUGGAUUCCAAGGGUCCACCACAGCUUCUUGUAGCUUCUGUGGAGAAACUCUCGGGUGAACCAACUUCGACAUCAAUACCGGAUUUACCCCAGGAUGUGUUCAUGCUUAUCCUGGAGGAUUUGGAGGCAUGGGAUGUGCUCAGUUGCCAAAAGGUCUCGUCGUCGUGGCGAACAGCUUUUUCCAAGCCAGAGUUUCUUCGUGUGAUGUUACAGAGAUACCACCAAGCCAGGGAGCUCCGUUUACUGCCACGAGAGAGUCUCUUUUUUCAUGCCUUGGAGCAACCCGAGGUUGAUUGGAGAACUCUAUUCGGGACCAUCGCUAAUCGUUACAAGCAUCUCUCACAAGGUAAGGCCAGGAAGAUUCUCAAAUAUCCAAUGGCGCCCUUGGAACAGUUAGGCGACUGGUUUCCAGUAGGGCAAUGGGAUUAUCAUGAAUCGCAGCCAGGAGGCCGUCUGUAUUAUGAAACAGCAGCAAUACAUUUGAAUAGGAUCGGCUCCAAGCCGUACCUAUUUAGGCCGACAUUGUGGACAUACGACGACGGCCUACUAGUCUAUGCUCCAGCCCAAUGUAUCGAGGAUGACGGGUUCCCGCAUAUUCUGUCACUUCUUGAUGUCGCUACCGGUGAUCGAUAUCCGGUCCCAUUUGAUAUCCGAGGGAAGAUCAUCCGCAAUAUCCGGUUAAGCGAUGCCACUUUGGUGGUCGAGUGGGCCGAAAAAGACCCUUUCCACAACCUCAAUGCGAUGGAACAGGUCAAUCGACAUUUCGCCAAUUGUUUCGACGUCAAGAGAAAAGGCACCGAGUGGACCAUCACAUGGCGUUCGGAGUGGAAAAUGCAUUUCCUUGGUCUUCCGCCAAAUUACCAUGAUAGAUUCUUUUCGACGCAUAAUUCCAAGCAUUACGCGGUCUAUUUCUGGCAGCCCAACAGGAGCAUGUACACAGGAGAUGAAGAGCUGCCCAUUGAAUCACUGUCCGUGUGGGAUAUUUCAGUUCCUUCCAAAUACCAACCGUCGACAGACCCGUCGGGGAGAUUUCGACCAGCAGAGAAAGAUGGCCCUUAUAUUGUUUCGCGCUUCUCCUUCACUGACAUGGACUACAUGGGUAUACGACAGCACGCAAGCGUGGCCUUGAUGUCCAUCCACAUCCAUUCUGAAAGUCACUCCCUGAUUGUGCGAGAGAACGCCGCUGUCCCUGGCGAGGGCUAUUUUGAUCCCGCCGAAAGACUUUGGUGUGCCAAAACAACGAUAUUCCCCUUCCACGGGAUGGGGCCACGUCUAGUUCGAGAAUGGGACGGAAACCUCCCGCCUUACCGAGGGCAUUGCAGCAUGGAAAGCGCGGACGUGGAAGAAAUCGAGCAUUGGCUCUUACCAAUCAUGGAUGUGUAUGACGAGCCAGCUGAUGUGAGGCUGAGCUUGGUCGAGACGUGUAUUCGGAGUCAGAGCCUAGGAAAUAGAAUCAUUGCCAGGGUGAAGGUCGGGCUCGCAUCUGACUGGGUGCCUCUCGAUGAUGACCUUACACGAGUAGUCGGCGGGAUGGGUCGAAUAGCAGGAGAUGAAAGGUGGAUUAUUGGACAGAAUGAAAGGUUGGAACUUGUUGUCGUGGAAUUUUGA